AUGCGCUUGGGAAUAGUACUACUAGUCUCUGCCUUGUUCAUCGACAUCCUAGCAGCGUCUCGUGCACGCCCUGAAGACAGCGCGCCCCGUAUCGUGGAGGACCCCUCAGACCUGGUGGUGUCCAAGGGGGAACCUGCCACUCUGAACUGUAAAGCUGAAGGCCGCCCGCCCCCCAGCGUGGAGUGGUACAAGGAUGGGGAGCGCGUGGAGACGGACCGGGACGACCCACGCUCCCACCGCAUGCUGCUGCCCAGUGGCUCGCUCUUCUUCUUACGCAUCGUGCACGGCCGCCGCAGCAAACCAGACGAGGGCGUGUACACCUGCGUAGCCCGCAACUACCUGGGAGACGCCAUCAGCCGCAACGCAACUCUGGAAGUAGCAAUUCUGAGAGAUGAUUUCCGCCAGGCCCCCAGCGACGUGGUGGUGGCGGCCGGAGAGCCUGCUGUCCUGGACUGUGUGCCCCCCAGAGGUCACCCCGAGCCCAGCGUGUCUUGGAAACGCAACAACGUCCGAGUCAGUAGCAAAGAUGACCGCAUCAGGAUGCGUGGGGGAAAACUGAUGAUUUCUCACACACGGAAAAGCGACGCAGGGAUGUACGUGUGCGUGGGCACCAACAUGGUCGGGGAGAGGGACAGCGACCCUGCCGAGCUCGUGGUUUACGAGCGGCCAGUCCUGGUGCGGAGACCUGUGAACCAGGUGGUGAUGGAGGAGGAGAAUGUGGACUUCCUGUGUGAGGUGCACGGAGACCCACCUCCUACGGUGCGCUGGCGGCGUGACGAGGGCGAGCUUCCCCGGGGGAGAUUCGAGAUCCGCAACGGUAAUAACUUGCGUCUGUUCCGUGUGAAGGAGCAGGACGAAGGCACUUACACCUGCACAUCUGAGAACAGCGUGGGCAAGACAGAGGCUUCGGCCAUGCUCCAAGUCCACGUUCCACCUCAGAUCACCUCAAAACCCAGAGACCAGAUCGCGACUCAGGGGAGGAGCAUCUCAUUCCAGUGUGGCACGACCGGCAACCCCCCACCAGCCAUUUUUUGGCAGAAAGAGGGCAGCCAGUUAUUGCUGUUCCCUGGCCAGCCACCCUCACAAUCCGGUCGCUACUCCGUGUCUAUGAGCAGGGAGCUAACUAUCAGUGACGUUCAUCCUGAAGACUCGGGCUUCUACAUCUGCCAGGCGAUAAGUGUGGCAGGCAGCGUGCUCACCAAGGCUCUGCUCGAGGUGGAGGGAGGUCCCUCUGGCCGCAUUCCCCCGAUCAUUCGCCAAGGCCCGGCCAAUCAGACGGCGUCGCAAGGUUCCACGGUUCGACUGCACUGCCGCGUCAUCGCCAGCUCGUCUGUCAAAAUAUCCUGGGAGAAAGAUGGGCAAACACUCCAGGGGAAAAAAACACGCCUGACCUUGAUGGAGAAUGGAACUCUGCAAAUAACAAACAUAAAGGAGUCUGAUUCUGGGAUGUACACAUGCGUGGUGUCCAGUCCUACAGGGCAGUCGACCUGGAGUGGGGUAGUGACUGUCAAAGAGAAGGGGAUGUCCUCAGUAUCCAAAGCGUCCGAGUUCAUCCAGCUCCCGGGACCGCCGCAGAAACCUAUCAUCACGGAGGUGUCCAAACACUCGGUGACGCUCACGUGGCAGUCCAACCCACACGAAGGGGGCGCUGCAGUCACCUCCUACAUCAUUCAAGCUUUCAGUCAGUCUGUGGGCAGCACUUGGCAGACGGUGGCGGACCACGUGAGGCAGGAAAGACACACGGUGGUUGGUCUCCUCCCCAACACAGUUUAUCUUUUCAUCGUCCGAGCGCUAAACUCCUACGGCCUGAGUGACCCCAGCCCCAUCUCCGAGCCUGUCAGGACGCAAGAUGGGAGCCCCACAGAACAGGGCGUGGACCACCGACAAGUGCAGCGGGAUUUAGGAGAGGUGUCCAUCUACCUGCUGAAGCCUGUGGUGCUGUCUCCAAACUCUGCCAGGAUUUCUUGGACGAUCGGCCGCCUCUCUCGUUACGUUCAAGGUUUCCGUAUAUUUUACCGCUCCAUCGGCAGCUCGUGGCUCGUACUGGACGUGGAGGCCACCUCAGAGCAGAGCGCCAUCCUGGUCGAUCUGCAGCCGAGCCGAGACUAUGAGGUCAAGAUACGGCCUUACUUCAAUGAGCUGCAAGGACACGACAGCCUCAUGAUACUGCUGCGCACGCCUGACGAGGUGUUAAUUGGCCCACCUCAGGCUGUCUCAGUGGUCCAACUCACCAACAGUUCCAGCAUCAGCGUUUCCUGGGAGCCUCCAGCAUCCAACGUCCAGUGUGGCAUUGUUCGCGAGUACAAGGUGUGGUGUCUGGGGGACAGCCUGGAUGUGGACGGACAGAUUAACCGCACCGUGGAUGGGUCAGUACAGUCCAUUCUGCUGACCGGCCUUCUGUCCGAUGUCCCCUACACUGUGCUGGUGGCGGCUGUGACUGGGCUGGGGGUGGGCGCACUGAGCCCCCCUGUGGAGCUGCUGCUAACUCUGUCGCUCGACUCCACAGUGAAGAAAAGCAGCAAUUUCAGCUUAUCGGAGCAGAUCACAAAUGUUAUCUGCCAGCCGGCCUUCAUGGCGGGCCUGGGCGUAGCGGCGUGGCUCGUGCUAAUGGGCUUCAGUGGUUGGUUGUAUUGUCGACACAGACGAAGGAAACAACUCGGGCAUUACACGACUUCAUUUGCAUACACACCAGCAGUGGGGUUUGCUCACAGCGAAGGCUCUGGAAUCAUCAAUGGAGGACCUGGUUUGUUGGGGUCCAAUAUGGGAAACUACCCAUGGCUGGCUGACUCGUGGCCAACUCCAAAUCUCAUGCAUAAUAACAAGGACUCUAUGGACCGCUGCUCAGGGAAAGUGGACUCAGAAAAAUACUACAACAGUAUAAUGAACUACACUGGCCAAUCAGAGAAAAGAAGCACGGCCUCCAACGACAGUCCAAUCUACAGCACAAUUAACGUGACAGCAGACGACAACCUGUUGGCUUAUUACGACACGUACUCCACCAAGUCGUUCUCCCAAGGCCCAGACCCCUACAGCAGCAAUCCGGCUCUGUACAACACUGGCCUCAUGGAUCUGGACCACUGGACGCUCCAGUCCGGCCAGUCGGGCUCAGAGUACGCCAAGCUUCAGUACAACAAGAAGAACAAUGACAAACUAAAGCAAAGGUCCUUGCCUCAGCCGACUGCUCUAACAUGGGUGGACGUGCUGUCACUGCCGCUUUCCGACACUAAGGACCUUAACAGCGCAAAGACCCACCCCGACCAACUAAACAGUCUUGAUGAUGAAGAUGAAGACUGGUGCCCUCCACUACCUGCCAGGACCUAUUUGAUGGACUCCUCGAAAGAAGAACUUUCCAUUUCUAAACAAAAUGAAGCAUCGUACUCGUCUGUACAUCAGAGCUCACCUCCGAAGGACGGCUGCCUGUCCAACCACACUUCACAUCCUCAGACUCUUGACCUUUUGUCUCGUCAGCGCCCCAGCUCCCAGAUCUCACAGUCCAACCCUGAUCUGUUUACACACAAUGAGGACAACGUCUACCACAGCAGCCACUGGGCAGACACUUUCAGCAGUGAUACUUUUGUUAAGGAAAAGUCCCCUUCUGAUCUGAGCUCUGCCGCCAUGGUGCACAGACCAAGGAGCAAGAAGAAGGAGUCUAGAGAUGUGCAAGUCCGCAGAGACCUGCAGGGACUGGCAGGCCUGCCCCCUCUGCCUGCCCCUCCCCCCACCGAAGACUCCCCAAAGCUGUUAGCAGAUGUUCUGGGCCACAGUCGAACUGACAGCACCGAGCGGAGAGACGGCGGCGACCCGUCAAGUCUGCAGCGAAGGGCGGGACACUUUUCACCACACCGGACACGACAGACACAAUGGACGCUGCAAGAUGAGAAUGUAAACCCAUAUGCUCAGUCAACUUUCCUGCAGAUGUCUGGGUACGGCUCUCUGGGCGGGACAGUCCUCCCAAGGCCCUCCACAACCAGGCAGAAAAAAGAUGAGAAUCUCAUGUAG